GUUCUUUCAACACUAACUAGGAGAUAUUGAUAUGUAGUCCUCCAGUUAUACUUUCCGUUAAAAUUUUCAUCAAGUUGCUCAGCAUGUUAGCGUAUUGGUGGUAUUUGUUUUGAAAGUUGUUUGAAAUCAAUUCGUUUCGUAUUUGAUUUGAGAAUACUUUUUCUUUGAAUAUUGGUGGACAAAUCAAUGAUAGGAAAUAUAUUAAAUAUUUUCAAUGAACAUGGCUAUGUUUGAGGAUGGGAGCGAUUUCGAUAAACUCAAACUUAUUUUCGAGGAGAUGGAGACAAAACCACCCACCAAUGUUUUCCAAGCGGCUGAUGUCUGCAGAAAGGUGACAGAGUUAACAGACUCAACAGCUGAGAAAGAAAGCAAUUUAGAUGUGAAAUCCAGGACGUAUCUUCUGGCCGAAAACUUGCAGAAGUAUUCAGAAGCCACCUCGUACAUGUCCAUUUAUGAUGACAAGAUUAAAGAGCUCCUGGAUUCAACGAAGAGCAUUAACAAUAGUUUCCAGUGGAAAAGCAACUUGCACAAUGUUAAUGUUAAUAAAAGUAUUGGAGUGGAAUGCGGCCCAAAUGACUUUCAAGCUAUUUCCGCCAGCUUCAAGAAAGUUUCCAGCAAAAAAGAAUUGAUAAAACCGAAGGUUGCUGUUGCUAAAUGUUUAGGUGGCAAGGUUGGCGUGUUGUGGAAACCUAAAGUUGAAGCGCCGCAGGACAAUAGCGUGGGAAAUACGUUCAGAACCGCAAGAGAGGAGUUGAAUUUGCAGAAUGCGAAGAAGUUUUCCGGGAUUGUUCCACCUCAGAACAAAAUGUUGGGGAAGAGACGUGGAAUAUCGUCCAAGUUCGUGUCUCCCAUGCUUACCAAUAAUGACAGCGAUGAUAGCGGGAAGAGUCAGGAAUCCCCCUCGUCUACUACCAUCGUCGUAGAUGAACGAUUGAAGAAUAUCGAUCCGAAGAUGGUGGAGUUGAUCAGAUCGGAAAUCAUGGAUAGCGGUACGGUCAUCGGCUGGGACGACAUAGCAGGUUUGGAGUUUGCGAAAACCGCUAUACAGGAGGCCGUCGUUUGGCCGAUGCUGCGUCCGGAUAUCUUCACCGGCUUGCGAAGGCCUCCGAAGGGAAUCCUGCUGUUCGGUCCACCGGGAACCGGGAAAACGUUGAUCGGAAAGUGCGUGGCAUCGCAGAGCAAAUCGACAUUCUUCAGUAUCAGCGCUUCUUCGCUGACAUCCAAAUGGAUCGGGGAUGGCGAGAAGAUGGUCAGGGCGCUUUUCGCCGUCGCCAGAUGCCAUUUACCUGCGGUGAUUUUCAUCGAUGAAAUCGAUUCGUUGCUCUCCCAACGCAGCGAGACCGAGCACGAGAGUUCGCGAAGAUUGAAAACAGAGUUUUUGGUGCAGCUGGAUGGAGCUACAACGAACAGCGACGAAAGAUUACUGGUGAUCGGUGCAACAAAUAGACCACAGGAAUUGGACGAGGCAGCGCGCAGAAGGCUGGUCAAGAGGUUGUACAUUCCGUUGCCCGAGUUGGAGGCUAGACUGCAGUUGGUGCAACGAUUGAUGUUCACGGAAAAUCAUUCGUUGACAGACGAAAACAUGAAGGAAAUAGCAGCUCUUUCGAGAGGAUACUCUGGCGCGGACAUGCUCAAUCUUUGCUCUGAUGCGAGCUUGGGGCCAAUAAGGUCCAUCAAUUUAUCUCAGAUAGAAAACAUUCAAGCUUCCGAGGUGAGGCCUGUGAGUAUGCUGGACUUUAGGAAGUCUUUAACUCGCGUCAAGUCGAGCGUGUCUUCCAGAGAUUUGGAUUUGUUCGUGGAAUGGGAUAAGACCUACGGGUCUGGAUGUCCCUAAUUGUAGUAGGGUCUU